ACCAAAACUUCUUUCUCUCAUCACAUUAUUCUCUCUUUUAUCUUCACUUUUCCAUCCACAAAAACCAAUACCCCUUCCAAUAAAAUGGGUCAUGAAUGGAUCGAUGCAGAGAAGGAGUUCAAAUGGAGUGAGGAUGUCAAAGUUGAAAGUAAAGUGACCGAGAUUGUUCUUGUUCGCCAUGGAGAAACCACUUGGAACGCUGCCGGAAGAAUCCAGGGACAAAUUGAAUCAGAGCUUAACGAAGUUGGACAAAAGCAGGCUGGUGCAAUCGCUGAGAGAUUGGGAAAAGAGGCGAGACCCGUAGCAGUGUAUUCAUCAGACCUCAAACGAGCCAAAGACACUGCUCUAAUGAUCGCCAAAACUUGUUUUUGUCCAGAGGUGACUGAAGUGCCUGACUUGAAAGAGAGGCACGUGGGUAGUCUCCAAGGGCUGUAUUGGACAGAAGGAGCUGAGAAAGAACCUGAAGCUUACUCUGCUUUUUUCUCCUCCCAGAAUGACCUCGAGAUUCCUGGAGGAGGAGAGAGCUUCGACCAGCUUUGUGAUAGAUCUAUGAAUGCUCUUGAGAAAAUUGCAAAGAAACACAAAGGAAAGAGAGUGAUAGUGGUGACUCAUGGAGGGGUUUUGAGGGCAAUAUACUUGAGGAUUACGCAAGCUUCCUCUGCCGGAAAACUCCUAAAUGCGUCAGUUAAUGUAGUCCACCUCCGUGACAAGAAAUGGAUCAUCGAUUCGUGGAGCGAUGUUUCACAUCUCUCCUCCGUUGGAUUUCUCCAACGUGGCUUUGAUGGAGACGCCAAGCCCUAGAGAACCUCCUCAUCGAUUCAUACCUGAUAUCUUACGUCUAUUGAACGAGCGAUUUAUAAAUAUUCUCUAUCUCUGUAUUUGUUGUUGCUGUGUGUUAGUUUUUUUAAGUCGAUAUAUUCUUGUGGAUCAGUUCAUGUCUUGUAUUUUGUCUUAAUCGAUCAUUUACAAGAUCUCGAGUUAAGGAUCUUCAAUAAUAAGCUUUUCUUA